AGUUGACAUCCGACGCGACAAGUAAACACGUUUUAGCAGGAGUGUGUGGUCAUCGGACAAAACUGUGCGGCGUGGGAAAAUUUCAAAUCAUCCUGUAUCUGAUAAAAGUUGGAAGUGAAGACUUGUGUUUUAAUUAUUAUAUAUUUUCAUGAAAAAUAGUUAAAAUUUUUAGUCGAAGGAUUUUUCCUAUUUAGAUGAUACUAUUUCUUUCCCCAGGCGGCAGAGAAUCGCAAAUUAAUAAGUUGUUCACUUUAUUCAGCAUGCAGAUAUUUUGAUGGAUUGCUUGACACAAAAUAUCUUGGUGCAAGUAUGCUUUCUGUGUGACUGAUCGUGUUGGAUAUUCCUCCACAAUUUGACGACUGUCUUCAAGACUUCCAGUCAUAUGUGCUGAAAAGAAUCAUAGAUCAUUUUCAGAUAUGAGCAGUGAUAGUGAAACGGGGCCUUCGCCCCUGCCUUCCCCUAUUUUUGCGCGCUGCAGUCCUGCUAGGGGCACAGUCGCCCGUAGGUGUCGAGAGUUCUACCUGAAACGCCUGGAACGAACUGCCAACAUGCAAAAGAGAUGGAGUAUUUGUGAUGUACCUCAAGAUCCCUGCUCAUUCCAGGGAGACAGAUUAACUGUUGCCUCGUCGCUUCAAGAUGUAAAUAGAAAUCUUAACGAGUCCGAAUGUGAGGAUCGAACCAAUGUAUCGAACAAUGAACAAGGUACUCUAGUUCCAAUUGAAACCAAAUUGGACGAAACUAGUAGGAAUAACAGUGUAACUGACGUUCUAACAAAUGGAAACAACCGUACUUCGAACAAUGAUGUGGAAUUUUCCAAAGAGGAUAAUACCAGUACAAGCCAUAGUACCCCAAAAAUUGACGAUGCUGCCAAAAUGAGUUCUAAAUUUAGUGAUUAUAAUAACACAUUCGACGGAUAUCCUCUAAGGAAAUGUCGCUCAAGUUUUGAUAUUGCCAUGGACAGCUUGAGAAAAGAGAUUAGUUCCUUGAUUGCUCAAGACAACGACCUCUUCCGCCAGCUCCUAUCCUUGCACGACUCAAUAGCCGAGCUGCGGGAGCGACAACGACACAGUGCAUAUAUCGAUGAUGACGACGAUGACAUAGAAUAUACUGAAGAGGAUGAGGACGAAUGCCGUCGCCGAAGUCAAUCUCCCAGCCUGGAAUCGCUCUCGGAUCCAGGAGAACUCCCGGAGACAUCCCCCGAGUCCACCCUGUCUUCCCGCUCUAGUCUUAGUUCUCAUCGAUGCAGCAAUCGAUACAGAAAACGAGAGACCGCCAAGCAACGGAACCGAGGGGCUCAGAAAAGAGACUCGCGGCCUCUGGUAUUCAUCGACAAAUCGGAAGUCUGCUUCCGCUGCCGGAAGAUGGCGCCACCGUAUCGCCGAGCGAGCUCGAUUACGAGUUUAUAUUAUCUCCACGAAGAUAUGGAAUCGUACGAUUCGGGGAUUCAUCUUCAGGGAUCGCACUCAGACUCUGACCAUGAGAUUUUUGUGUGAGGUGUCUUUUAAAUGCUAGUUUUAAUUGAGUCAUUUUUAUGUGUGUUGAUUUAAGGCCUACGGACAGCAAUCGUGUAACAUGUCUGAGAUUUGCGUUAUAUUGCACCUCAUAAUUGACAUAGAAUAUUCUUUAUUAGAAUCUCAAUGCAAGAACUGCACUUUUGCUUGGAUUACGAGACAUUAGAUUCAUUGUGUGUGUAAAAAAAAGGCACAUUCAAACAAAAAUGUUUAAGAAAUAAAUAACGAUUUGAUAAAUAGACGAUUUUUUGGUUGAACAAAGAGUUGAAAUCAUUUCUAACUAAAGCUUUAACAUAUUCAUUUACAUUUAGAGUACACCUUUAAAAACAAACAACUUCUGAUCGUAAGAACAUAAUUAAGGGCUCAUUUUCAGUUUUAAAUACUUUAAGAAUAACUAGUUAAAAAUGUGUUUUGAUUACUUUUGUUCAAAAUAUUUCGCGUCAAUUAUUAAUUGAUAAGAAUAUAUAGAACUUAAUCAUUUUUUUUAAUGUUUGCGUAGAUUUAAAUAGACAUAAAACUUCAAAAAAUAAGUAAAUGAAUGAAAUUUGCUUUAUCUGAGCCAUUUUUGUUUCAUGCAAGUUAAAUUCACGCUAGAAUAAUCAGUUUUCAUUAACUCGUAAAAACUAAAGUUCUCGUUGUAACAGGCAUCUUAGUCAGUGAGUUUUACUGCAACGUGGAAACAUCAAAUGCUUCCCGUUAUACAGUGUAAAUGAAGAAAUAAGUUCAUGUAUUUCAGCAAAAGGUACAAUAAAAACCUAAUUUACAAGAAGCUUAAUGGCAUAGACGCUUUUCCUGGACUUAUACGGUUUCCUUAUGCUGUCAUUUUCAUCUAGCAUACUGAAGUAUAGACAACACACGUGAUUCUAAUUGCACAUUAAGCCAUAUGGACUUUUCAUCGUAUAAAUGCCAACUUUUUUGUGAAUGCAUUUUUUUUCCCUGUCGACUGUUAUCACUAUUUUAGCUCUUUCACAGAGACAUUUAGACAACUCUGAAUGGCAACGAGAAUACAGCUUCUUUUAUAUGAUCAUAUCUCGUUAUUCUAUUCUUUGUAAUUUAGCAAAGCAUUGUUCAUAACUUGAUCCUACUAAAACUGCAUUAUU